UGCGUCAAUCAAACAUGGAGGAUGCACGAGUCGGAUGAGGUGGCUAGACGUAGAUUAUUUAUUUCCAUUUAUAUAACACGAACUUGUGGUUAGGAACAAAUAAAUUCACGAAGAUGUAAAAAGAGAAAAUGACGGAUUCUUCAGGGACUGUGGACUCUGUCGUCAUAGGUGACACGGGGGAUGAUCGAUGUGUCGGACCAGCUGGAACUGCCCCCUCGAUGGACGACACCGACAUGCAGGAAGUAAACAAAUCUGCUACAGGUGCCGAAACAAACUCGACCGAAGAUACGGGUGAUGGGAAUAACAAGAAGGCAGGGUCAACAAAGAAAAGUAUAUGUUUUCGAGAACCACACGCCAUAGCAAGCUAUUCGGAAGCACCUGAUCCCUGGAAACAUGCUGAGGUCUGGAACAACAAAGAUUUGACAACAGCUUACAGACAUGGAUGUGAACAAAAUAAUGUGCGACCUUUGACUAAGGUUUUGAAUCAGCUGCAAGGUAUACAUAACACAGGAGAGAGGCAUGAACUCUUUUCCCUCAAGGGUGAGAAACUUGACAUUCGCCACUGUGAGAGUCUAGAGGAAGUAUUCCGGAGAGUGCAGUUCAAGUGUAUUGACUUUGAAGCCUGUCAUCUGGAUGAUGAGACAUCCGUGGCUCUGUUCGACAUGAUCGAGUAUUAUGAAUCUGCUUGCAAAGUCAACAUGUCAUUCAAUAAGAACAUAUCUGUGCGAGGAUGGCAAUCAUGUUCUCGAAUGAUCAGAAAGACACCAUGCCUGUACUUCCUUGAUGCUAGAAACUGUGAUUUAAAUGAUCGGUUGAUCCCUGUGAUGGGUCGAGCCUUGAGGAUGGGAUCAUUCCUUACCACCCUACAUCUGGAGAGUACUUCUUUAUCAGGCAGGCCCCUAGUCAUACUAGUGGCUGCCUUGAAGAUGAAUGAGAUCUUGAUGGAGUUGUUCUUGGCUGACAACCGUUUGAUGCCCAGUGAUGGGAUACAACUAGGAAACCUGCUUAAGUACAACCACAAACUUCAGCUGCUGGAUAUCAGGAACAACCACCUCCAGGAUAUUGGAGCGAGUCAUGUGUGUGAUGGUCUUUGUGAGCAAAACCAAGGUACUGGCCUACAGACACUUGUAUUAUGGAAUAACCAGAUCACCUACAAUGCCAUGACAGCUGUGGGCAAAGCAAUGGCUACCACUGAUAGUGUGGAGACAAUAAAUCUUGGCCAUAACAAUGUCACCAAUGAGGGAAUCCACCAUAUGAAGGAUGGCCUUCUGAAGUCCAAGUCUCUACUGCGGAUAGGUCUACAGGGUACCAAGGUUACAUGUGAAGGUGCUGUAGCCUUAGCUGAGGUGAUAGCUGACAGUCCACGCCUACUCAGACUCGACCUUAGGGAGAAUGAGAUUAAGACAGCUGGCUUAAUGGCCCUCUCUCUGGCUCUCAAAGUCAACGAGACAGUCACUAGACUGGACAUGGACCGUGACACCAAGCGAGAGUCGGGAAUGAAGGAUUUUGCGGAACAACAGAGGCGACUGCAACAAGACAUCGGUAAUUUUCUGGAAAGAAAUCAGGGCCUGGCACGUAAACGAACCGAGGAGGAGAGACUCAACCUGGAGAGGACUAUCAAGGAGGACACUCGACCUGGCCGAUCAGACUCUAUCAUUGAGCCAGCAGAGUCUGCCAAGGAGGAUGCCCAAACCAUUGCAUCAUUUGAUAAAAUAAAGCGUCCAAUGCUCCUUGUGAUGGAGGACAAAGCAGCUCAAAAAACGCUGGACUCUCCACAUGUAAAGCCAGAGGAUUUGCCAAGUAGUGAUGAUGAGGAUGGAGCUGUUCUGCCUUCCAAUAAAACCUUGGCAAAGGCAGCAGCUCCUCCAGCAGAACUUCUACUCAGUCCACAGUACUGCACAGUCAAAGCUAAAAAACUGUUCACAGUUUCACGUGUGGCAGGGCCACCUCAACUUCCCCUUCCCAAUGCAAGCAUGAGUGCUGGUCACUCUGCUUCCUCCCGACUGGACACUGUCCUGUCCCCCUCCGAUACCAACGACCUGAUCUCAAACAUCAGUAAUGGAACACAUGUCGUGUCUCAGGGACUCUCAUCCAAAAACAUCACAAGUCCUUCUGAUGUUAGCCUCAGUAUACAGGCAGAAAGUGUUAGUCACAUCAUCGGGGAAAUAGUCACACCAGACACAAAGGAAAAUGGAGAAGUAACAUUCCAGGAAAAUGUACAGAAAUCUGGUUUAGAUUCUGACAGUAAGUCAUGUAAGGAUGUGGAAUCACAUGAUAUAGUGACACAUGGAAAUACAACAUCUGACAGAGGAGAAAGUAAGUCCAGUGUUAACGAGUGUGUCACUCCCAGCAAUAGUGAGGUGGAGACUGUUAACGAGUGUGUCACUCCUAGCAAUAGUGAUAUGGGGGUGAACAAGUCUGCUGUUGUGCAGACAAGUGAUAGUGUCUGUGAUAUUAGUAAACAGAGUGACGAGGCUUCUGGCCAUCUUGAUUGUGCAAUAGAUGAUGUGAGUAAGGGAGAUAACUCUGGUAACGUUGAUAGUGUAGCUGACAAAAGUAUACCAGAGUUAGAUGUUUCAUAUUGUGAUCAAACUGAACAGAAUGGAAAGAAAAGUGAUGAUAUGAGUGAGGAUUCUCGAGGCAUUCACACUUUGUCUAAAAGUUUACCUUGUGAUAAACUCAAACAAGAGAAGGACUCUGGUAUAGGGAGUUACGAAAAUGAUCGUGAUUGGACAAGGCUUGAUGCUCCCAGUAAAGGGUUGAAAACCAAUGGUUGUGACACUCAAAAAGAUGGACCAGGUUUACCUAUCAACAACCCUGAUUUUUACACUGAUUUAUCAUUCAAUGGAUUAACACAAGAAUUAGCUAGUGCUCUGGAAAAUUUGGAUGUAGACUCGACUGGAGGAAAGGAGGGCUCAGUUAAUACUGGAGAAAACUCAAAUGCCAGUGACGAUAAUUUUGAGAAAGAACUGGAUGCAAUGUUAGCAGAUGUGAAAAGUGGAUCCAACUUAAACUUACCUUCCUGUUUGGUGACAAGUAAAGAGGAAGUUACAAAGGACUGUACGGCAACAGAAACAAGGGAUUUAUUAAAUAUAUCUCAUUUGGGAGAAAAUGGCUACCAGAGGCUGAGCUGUCUGCAUUACUCAUACGCCUACUGUAUUUCGCUGUUCACGACCAAGAUGUCGUUAUUUGAAGGAUUGAGCUACAGCAGCGAUAAGAAUGUCAUAGUAUUAGACAUCGGAGAAGCUUACACGAAAUGCGGCUUAGCAGGGGAAACUGGACCAAGAUGUAUUAUUCCCAGUGAAAUAAAAAAUGCCAAAUCAGGAAAGAUUGUCAAGUUGUGGGACUUUGAAAAGCAGGAUGAGCUGUGUGAGAACAUCAAGGAUUUUCUUUUUGUGCUGUAUUUCAGACAUUUGUUGCUGAGUCCAAAGAAUAAGCGAGUAGUAGUUUGUGAGUCCCUUCUUUGCCCUGAUGUGUUCAGAGAGACAUUGGCAAAAGUUCUCUUCACUCAUUAUGAGGUUGCCACGGUGAUGUUUGCCUCUGGUCAUGUCAUGUCACUGCUUACACUUGGGGCCACAACUGGUCUAGUAAUGGACAUAGGCUACACAGAGACACUAGUCAUUCCUGUAUAUGAAGGCAUCCCUGUGGUGAAGGCAAUGCAGUGUAUACCUUUAGCAGCCAAAGCUAUACAUGCAAAAAUAGAAAAUCUCCUGUUAGAUUCUGCAACAGUAAUGACCGAUACCAAGGAAGAAUGUGCUCUGUCCAGUCUACCAGAUUGUUUAAAUAACCAAAUUUUGGAAGAUAUAAAAGUUCGUUGCUGUUUUGUGACCAAUCUGAAGAGAGCAAAGGCAAUCCAGGAAGUAGAAAUACAUGGUGCAGAUGAAUCCAUACUGCCUACCCCGCCCCCCAGUGUUCAGUACCCUUUGGAUGGUGGAAGAGUCCUCAACAUCACUGGAAAAGUCAGAGAACAAAGCUGUGAAGUUCUGUUUGAACAAGAUAACGAGGAGCAGUCUGUAACCACCUCCAUUUUGGAUGCUAUCCUCAAGUGUCCGAUAGACAUGCGUCUGGAGUUGGCAAGCAACAUUGUGAUCAUCGGCGGCACGGCCAUGCUGAAGGGAUUCCACCAUCGUGUUGGAUCAGAACUGUACGACCUGCUGAGAAAACCUAAAUACAAGGAACAGUUGUCCAUUGAAACAUUCAAGUUCCAUAAACUGCCGGCCAAGGAAAACUAUGCUGCAUGGCUCGGGGGUGCUAUGAUUGGAGCGUUGGAGACUUUACCAAGCAGAUCAGUGACAAGAGACAGUUAUCAACUAUCCGGAAAACUAACAGACUGGUGUACCAUCACAGAGGAGGUGGUGUCUGGCUGAGGAACAGUAUCUCAUACUUUUUUCGUUAUAAACAAUAUGAUAGUGGACUGUGGGAUACAUUAUGUGAUGUAAAAGACACAGCUGGUCCACUAUGUGGUUGGUGUUGGUGGUGAAAAUCUCCAUGAAACAGUGCAAUAGUGUGGUUGUUUGUCAUGUUAAGUUAAAACAGACAUGCUGUCACUUUAAACUGAGUGACAUUUCUAGUGUUUCUCUAACAUAACUAUCAGUAGUCAGGGGGAAGGGAUUUAACCAUACUAUGUACAUGAUGAUCUACGAGACCAUGGGCUUUUCUACAAUAAUAACACAAGAAAGUGGUACUCAUAAAAUUCUGUUUCAUUUCAGUUUAAUAAAAAUUAAAUAAAAUGUUUACUCAAAAGUAAUAAUGAACUGAUAACACUAAAAUCAUGGUUUACGAUAGAUUGAGGGUAUUUCUACGAUAGAUUGAGGGUAUUUCUACUAUAGAUUGAGGGUAUUUCUACUAUAGAUUGAGGGUAUUUCUACAAUAGAUUGAGGGUAUUUCUACUAUAGAUUGAGGGUAUUUCUAUGAUACAUUGAGGGUAUUUCUGACCUGUAGUGGUUAGGUUAACGUUGUAUGUAGACUUGUACUUGUAAUCUUGGAAAAGGCUGCUGCUACUGAGAUGCACUUUGGUUGCUUAUAAAUUCUGAUAAUAAAAGCCAUAACAAUAUUUAUUGUGAAAUAAAUCAUUAUCCUAUACGA